AUGGCUCUUCCUACCUUUUUCCUGUUCCCGUCGGGCCUUAAAUCAGAGGAUGCCAAGAUUGGCCGCAUCGUUGCCAAUCCAUUGCUACCCAGGGAGUCCUAUGUUCCCGAAGAUCCCUCACCAUUCAUCCCGGACGACCUGGUCCACGAAACGUCCCAGCGAUCCGUACAUAGCCUACUAGAGUCCGUUAAGAAGGUGGAAUUCCGUUCCGCGCUCAGCAAGCUGUUUCAUGCAAAGUACAGCAAGUCUGGGCGCGAACAUACUACCAUCGACUCUGCGCUCUCACGCACGGUCGUUCUCCGCAAUGCCGAGAAUGUUCUCCCCGAAUUGCUCAAGGACGAAGCUAUUAGGGCCUGGAUCACACGUCAAGGGAGCACGAAGCUAUAUCUCCCCACUGGCAUCAAGCUCUUCGUGGACGCUUACGUCUCUACCGGGGAGGGUUCGGAUAUGGAUGCGAGCGCCGCCGCUACCAUUCCGGUCGUGGAAAUAAUCGCGGCGGCCGCGCCAGCUAGCCUCCCCUCUACCGGGGCUGGUGAUAUCGCUAUUGCAGGAUCACGCCGCGGACACGCAUUUUCGAAGACGAAGUUCACUGCAAUGGGCGAGACUAUUUUCGCAGUCGAGUAUCGCCAGCUGAAGAAUUACAGACGGCGGUUCUUAGGAUACGACUUUGAGGGUAGUCGCCUCGGGUCUGGGCGGACGUUCCAGUGUGCGGUGACCCCCUUGCCUGUAGACAAAGACGAGGCAGGAAGAGCUGGCAGAAGAAUAGGAGAGGCAGCAAGCGCCGCUGUUGCGAUCACAGGGGAAGAAUUAAUGUCAGAAAUUGGAGUGUCUGUGGGUAAAGGGAUAAAUUUCACGGACGUCGCUAGAAACGGGUUCAAGGUGGAAGAUAAUGAAGUGCUUGAAGAGGUAGAUAACCUGCUUACGCUCGCGGUGGACGACUUCGGGCCGAACAUCGGAGGAGUGUAUGCAGUGGAGGGAAAAGGUCAUGAAAUCUGGUUUUUGGGAGCCGACAAAGGCCAAGCAGUGUGA